AUGUUUAUGCUCCGCAACGUUGGUAAAUUUCUCUUUGGAGACGCCUCAAAAGAGUCCAUCAUCGAGAUUCCCCAGGGCCAGCUCUAUCUGGUCCGCCCGCUUUCGCCAAAGGGAUAUUCCGAGCUGAUUUUCAAAGACGCUGCCGCUAAUAUCCGUCGUACCGGCCAAGAGUUCCAGUAUCAACUUGUGAUUCAAAGAGCCUACGAGGAAGGCGAGGAAGAACUUGCGGACGACGAAGACGAGCAGGGCGUUGCGGACAUUCUUGACAAAGACGAGAAGAUUUUCUUGCUGGACCAAACUCUGCACUUCCGAUCUGAGUUACGUGAUGGGAACAAGAUUCUUGCCUGGGAUGACUUGAGUGGCGACCAAGGAGACUUGUAUGAAUUCAUUUGCGACCCGUCCGUUCCCGCGGAAAAGGUUGCAACCUUUGAACUAGCGGCCCUCCAGUGUCAAUACGAGCGCAAAUACCGUCGUAGCGCACAAAAAGCCACUGACGACGAGCUCAAGGAGUUUGAAUAUCAGCAAGAAGAGCCGAUUCCGUCCGCCAGUCCGGUGUCCUCCCCGACCGUCAAGUCGCCAGAUCCCGUGGUCACGUCAGCCGACUCAGCCGCUGCGAUGGCGCAAGAUGUCAAGUACGCCCAGGCUAAGGGCCAAGUGAAAGCCGCUGAACCUGAUGAGAAGCCUACAACUGCACCUCCAGCUGCAACUCAACCAGAGACCAAAGAAGUGCUGGCAAAGGAAGUGGCGGAGCUUCACAUGUUCGAUUUCUCCUCCGGAACUUUCAUUCUACAGGACGCCUCGGUCGUUGCCGCUGUUUCUGAGGUGGGCAACUGGCAGUACUGGCUGCAGAUCAGUGGCAAGGAUAAGGAAUGGCUGGGCCAGGCAGUUGUGGGUGAUAUCAACCCGGUCUUCAACUUUGAGUACCUUUCCUUCAUCUUCAAUCAUUAUGCGGAAGAUGGGUCGGCGUAUUCCUGGCUCUUGCGCUUCAAGAACCAGCCUUCAGAAGAGAGGUUCCAGGAAGGUCUGAUGCAGGCACUCUGGGAGCAACUGAACGAGUUGAAGUGGGAGAAGGUCAAAGAGAACGACCGUGAUUAUGUGCUCGAUGCAUUCCAAGAGCUUACUAUGGAAGAUUCGGAGGACAAACCCGAGGAAGAGGAAGAGGAGGAGGAGGAGGAGGAAGAUGAGAGUGAGCAGGACGAUGGGCAACGUAGCGAGCACUACGAUAGUGACGAGGAGGAAGACGAUGUCAAUCUUCGCGAGCAAGACGGCAACAAGAACUCCCAACUCGCUGUAGGCUACAAACACGAUCGUUCCUUCGUUGUGCGCGGAUCGAAGAUUGGUGUUUUCAAGCACACACUCAACAACAAUCUGGAGUUCUCUACGACAAUUUCCAAGGUUGAGACGCCCGGGGGCAAGUUGUUCAGCCCAAAGAAGGUCAUGCUACAUGCAGAGGAUCGCAACAUGAUUCUCCAGAAUGGCGACGACCCCAAUGCCCUUUAUCGCAUGGAUUUGGAGUACGGAAAGGUCGUCGAUGAGUGGAAGGUCCAUGACGAUAUCCCUGUCGAAACGUUUGCUCCUGAGAAUAAAUUCUCGCAGAUGACUGCCGCUCAGCCCUUCGUGGCUGCCUCGAAGAACGCACUAUUCCGUGUCGACCCGCGCCUUUCGGGCAACAAGCUUGUCGAGUCCGAUCUGAAGCAGUAUGCCAGCAAGAACGAUUUCUCUGCUAUGGCUACCACCGACAAGGGAUACUUGGCUGUGGCCUCCAACAAAGGUGACAUUCGUAUGUUCGAUCGACUGGGCAUCAACGCCAAGACCCACAUUCCUGCUCUUGGCGAGCCUAUUAUCGGAUUGGACGUCUCUGCGGAUGGUCGCUGGGUUUUGGCCACCUGUCGAACUUAUCUUCUUCUGAUCGAUUCUUUGCAGAAGGAGGGUAAGAACGAGGGCAAGCUUGGAUUUGAAAAGUCAUUUACCAAGGACGCAAAGCCUCAGCCCCGUCGUCUUGGUCUUCAGCCUGCUCACGUAGCUCAAUUCCAGCAUGAGACGAAGAAGCCCUUGUCAUUCACUCCGGCGCGGUUCAACACCGGUGUGGAUUCUCAAGAGACAUCGAUCAUCACUGCCACAGGUCCCUUCAUUGUUACCUGGAGCCUCAAGAAGAUCAUUGCGGGCCGCAAGGACCCGUACACCAUCAAGCGUUAUGGAGAGGACGUCAUGGCAGACAACUUCCGCUUCGGCUCCGACAAGAACGUGAUUGUUGCGCUGCCUAACGAGGUCAACAUGGUUGCCAAGCGCAGUUUCCGAAAGCCAACCCGCGAGAGCAUCGCUGGACCAAUGACCCCUAACCGCGCACGCAGCGGCCGAUGGAGCAGCCGUCUCGGAAGGGACGACAUUGUCAACUCGCCCUACUAG